CGCACUGCUGUAUUUCUCUCUUUCGUAGAGAUAUUGUCCAAACAUCAAUGCGGUCUGAACAAACUGCCCAGGGCCGUCAUACGAGAGAGUCUUCGCGCACAGGACCCUUAUAUUUACAAUGAAGGAGAGAAGAAUCAGCCAGCCUUUGGUCAUGCGUUGUAAACUGGUUUUAGUAGGAGAAGUGCAAAGCGGGAAAACCGCAAUGCUGCAAGUGUUGGCCAAAGACUGUUAUCCUGAGACAUACGUCCCAACAGUGUUUGAGAACUACACAGCUGGACUGGAAUUAGAGGAGCAGCGCGUGGAGCUCAGUUUAUGGGACACAUCAGGUUCACCGUAUUAUGAUAAUGUCAGGCCUCUCUGCUACAGUGAUGCAGAUGCUGUUCUGCUCUGCUUUGAUAUAAGUCGCCCUGAGACCGUCGAAAGCUCUCUGAAAAAGUGGAAAGCCGAGAUCAUGGAUUUCUGCCCCAGUACUCGAAUAAUCCUAGUCGGCUGCAAGACAGACCUGCGCACAGAUGUUUGCACACUGAUGGAGCUGUCCAAUCAGAGACUGACGCCCAUCUCCCAUGAGCAGGGCACCUUGCUUGCAAAGCAGGUGGGAGCAGAAGUGUACCUAGAGUGCUCUGCAUUCACAUCGGAGAAGAGCAUCCACAGCGUCUUCCGCUCAGCGGCACUAACAUGCCUCAACAAACUGCAGCCCCCCAUAAAGCAAAGCCCCAGUCGCCGGCUGUCCAAACGCCUCCUUCACCUGCCCAGCAAAGCAGAGCUCCUGACCUCCUCCUUCAGCAAGGAGAGAACCAAGAGCUGUUCCAUCAUGUGAGCUCCACGUGCGCCACUCCAGUUCCAGAAAAAUAUAUAUUUUCGCUCUUUGAAAGGGUUGGAUUUGAGAGGAAGCGAGGUCAUGACCUUUCAUCAUCCCUUCCUCUCUCUACACUUAUAUUGUUGUUCUUCCAUUCUGACACCCCACCCACAAACACACUCAUACCUAUGACAAAGAGCUGCUGCCAUUGUUCAAGGUUUUUGGCUGUUACACAUCCUUGUAUCGACUGAGUUUACAAGCAUAUGGCUUUACAUGAGCUGCAUUUUGUAUCAAUGAUCAAUCAGUCAGUCAAAGAAGGAAAUACAGUGAAUAUUGGACACUGUCCUAAUUUUUGUGGGUAGUCUUGUUUGUUAGCGUGCAUACAUGUAUGGGAAUGUGAGAUGAGCUGUGAACGUAAUUUAAUAUUUAAAGGAAGAGGAUGUGUUUGUGGUACACAGUACGCACUUUAGUGAACAUGGAUGUGAUUGUUGAAUGGAAAGUGAAAGGAUGAUUUAAUACAGGUUGGAAUUAGAGAAUUAUGCUUUGCUUGUAGCUGAAGUCUCUGGCACUGAUCUACAAUGUGAGAUCUCAUGCAUUCAUAAGGGGAGGAGCCAAGCAAGAUUUUUGAAGAAGUCCUCCUGAAAAUGGUAGAUGAAGCAUCAAAUCACAUUUGUACAAUCCAGAUGGAGUGGAAGUGCUGACACACUCUUUAUCUCUCUCUCUCAUAUAGUCCUUCUUGAGCUUUCUGCCCCUAGAGAAUAUAAAUGGUCAUAAAGUCCAGCCAGUAAGGACAAAGCCCAGCACUGCCCAGCGUUAUUGCAAGAAAGACCCCUUCCAGAUGGUCCUUUUUUAAGAAAACAAGAACUUUCACUGAAGUAAAUUUAGAGAUUGGAUAUACUAAGGGAUAUUGGAGUCCACCAAAACUGUUGCUUAAGCGAGAAAAUAAUCGUAAUGCUCCAGUUGACUUUUCUUUUACAGUAAUCUUAAAAUCUGCCAAAACAAUUUAUUUUCAAUAACAUGCCUGUAAAGACUUGACUUCUCUUGUCAUGUGGUGAAGUUACUGGUUAACUUGGGCUGGACAUUAGACUGCAUUAUAAUAUCAGUGAUUCUCAUGCACCGGUCAGCUCACUGUCACAGAGGACUCUCUUCUUAUGCUAAUCCUCAUUCUGGUAAUCUCGGUCUUAAAUCCCACAAACCCUGCUUGUGUAAUGCUUAAUUAUAAAACAACUAAAUCCUCACUUUAGGCUUAUAAAUGGCCAAGUGGAAGUAAACCGAGAAGUCAGACGGGACAGCAUUAUGAAGAAUCUGACCUCAGAAUAACUUCCAACUUAAGUAGUUCAUCAAAUAUAAUAUGAUCAAAGAAAUGGUUUGUGGAAUAAUUUAUAUAAUUUUUAUAAUAAUAAUUUUUUUGUCAGUUAAAGCUAUGGCUGGAAUUUUAGCUUUGACAUCAAAGGAAUAUAUUUAAAAAAAAAAUAAUAUAUUUAAAUAGAAAACAGUUAUUUUGAAUAGUAAUAAUAUUUCACAAUAUUACCGUUUUACUGUGUUUUUGAUCAAAUUAAUGCAACCUUGGAGAGCAGAAGAUACUUUGAAAACUGCAAAUUAAGUCAAAUCUAAAUUUGCAUAGUCAUUAUCUAGAGAAUGAGAAUGAAAAUACUGUACGUAUAAACUGGUCUUGCCUUAAGCGCACAUUUGUUCUACUUUGUUAUUAUUAUAUCACUGACCUUGUAAAUUCUCAGACUAGUUCAUCUGAAAGAAGCUUUAGGAGGUUGUUCAUCACUUCAUACUAUACUGUUGCUUAGUAACAGACAAGUCAGUUAUACCAGACUAAAUGUCUGAAAACCACUCGAGAGAAGUUGAGAGAGAGAAACGGGGUGUAAACAAAGUGACAAAAUGUAGCAUAAAUGGUUUUUUUUUUUUUCAUGGCUAUAAUUUAUAGUUUAAAAAAACACAAAUCAUCUUACUGACCAUCAUCUUGAUAUGAAUUUGUUACUGUUGUCUGGUUAGGUAGCACCCUUAUAUGUUAUAUGUUCGAUGUGGUGGACCUCCACAAUCUUCCUUUUCUUACUGAAGUCUGGACGUACAUAUGUUGUGCAUAAUCAGUUUUGUACAGCCCUUUAAAUGAAGUCUGAGAAGGAAACUAAUUUGAAAACAGACUGUAUGAUUGUGUGUGCAAUGUAAGUUAUUAAUAGUUGAUUAUUGCUGGUUCUGUUUUAUUCUUUAGUUUCAGACAAUCUAUUUUAUAUGGAAUAUUGUUUAUUAUUUUUUCCUGUCUCUGAUGUCGUGUGUCACUCUUAAAUGAAUUAAAACCUGGAUUUGGUCAGUAAAUUGUGUGUGUUUGCAGAUCCAGUGGCAGUCCAAGAUAUAAAGAGAAAAGUGGCAUGUCUGUAAAAACAUUUAACAUAAAAAUGAAAUAAAAUGAAAAUGUUUCCCAGCAA